CGUCCGGCAGCAACGGUACAGUGGGCGGCGGCGGCGGUGCAGGAAAGGGAUCCCUGUUGAGCGGCUGCAACGGCGCCCUCUGCAAGGGCGGACCUGGUGAGCUGCGAGCCUGCUGAGGUGGGGGCGGCUGCCACCAGUCAGAGCGCUGGUUGGGUGGGCUUGAGCGCUGGUAUCCGGUUGGCGGUGUCCGUGCCUCCGAGCCAUUCCCUUGCAUGCUCUGGGGGCCGGCUCUGCCUAGAUUGCUGCGCUGGACCCGGUUCUGCUGACUGCCUCGCUGAUUGUCCUGCCCACUCUCUGGCUGGCCCGGACUUGGACCUAGGCCCCAGGCAGCGGCGCUGUCGUAAAGAUGCCUGUCAGGGCUGCCGGCUGGCUCCUGCCUUGUGCUCUGCCAGUCAAGGUCACUGCUGCCGUCAUUGCUGCUGUGCCGCACCGGGCCAAUGGGUCCACUGGGGGGCCUGUGAGCAUGAGGAUCACUCCGGUGGAAGGGACGGCUAUCUUGAGGGCUGCGAUGUGGACCUGGUUGUGGUCUUGUGUCUGAGCUUGCGGAGCUGUGUGCCAAACGAAUGGCGCUGAGUUGCACAGGCGACCCGUUCACAUGCAGUAGCGCACUGCGCCGGCUGAUGGAUGGCAGUGUUACCGAUACUGGAGCCUGACUGUGCUUUGGCUGAGCUGGCUUAUACUUCUGGCCUUGCUGCAAGGGCUGCAUCUGUUCUGCCGCCAGGCAC